AUGGCGGCCGGAGCAAUUCUCAAAACGACUGCUACCUUGACGGUAAUUACAACCCUGAUCCUCGUAGGAACAGGGUUGUUUUACAUGCUCAGUGGACAAGGACAUAGAUUCGAUAUUGCAUGGUUCUUGACAUCCACAUCUCCACACAUGUGGGCUGGUCUUGGUAUCGGAUUCUCACUGUCUUUGUCUGUGCUCGGAGCCGGAUGGGGAAUCUUCACGACAGGAUCUUCUAUCCUAGGUGGAGGAGUAAAAGCACCAAGAAUCAGAACAAAGAAUCUUGUUUCGAUCAUUUUCUGUGAAGCCGUUGCGAUUUUCGGUAUUAUCAUGGCCUUCGUAUUCGUCGGAAAGCUCGCUGAGUUCCGUCGUGAAGAUCUUCCAGAAGGUCAAGAUGGAAUGACUAUUCUUGCUCGUAACCUUGCUGCUGGAUACAUGAUUUUCGGUGGUGGUCUCACUGUCGGGCUUUCCAACCUUGUUUGUGGUCUUGCUGUCGGAAUCGUCGGAUCAGGAGCCGCCAUUGCUGACGCCGCGAAUCCAGCUCUUUUCGUCAAAAUUCUCAUUAUUGAAAUUUUUGCCUCCGCUAUCGGACUUUUCGGAAUGAUCAUCGGAAUUGUUCAGACUAACAAGGCUUCAUUCGGAAACAAGUAA